CUGGUAAAUAGUGUAAACUCGGCCACGUUAUUGUCAUUAUUUUGCAAAUUAUCAAAUACAAUACGAUAUUUAGAAAUAAAAUGUUUAGAUCAUUUAAUAGAAUUGUUAAAAAAUGUUCAGCCCGCCAAAUACAUUUAAUUCCAAUGGUUGUGGAGCAAACAGGUAGAGGAGAGCGCGCUUACGACAUAUUUUCGCGAUUACUUAAGGAACGUAUUAUAUGUUUGAUGGGCCCGGUACAUGACGAUUUAAGUUCUUUAGUAGUAGCUCAAUUAUUGUUCCUACAGUCGGAAAACUCAAACAAGCCAAUUCAUUUAUAUAUUAACUCUCCUGGUGGUGUUGUAACUGCUGGGCUUGCUAUAUAUGACACAAUGCAGUAUGUAAAACCUCCUAUAGCAACUUGGUGUGUGGGACAAGCUUGCUCAAUGGGUUCACUUCUUCUCGCUGGAGGUGCUCCUGGAAUGCGAUACUCAUUACCAAACUCACGAAUUAUGAUUCAUCAGCCCUCAGGCGGAGCGCAGGGCCAAGCUACUGAUAUCCAAAUUCAAGCAGAGGAAAUAGUGAAAUUAAAAAAGCAAUUGACCAAUAUAUACGUUAAACAUACAAAGCAAACUUAUGAUUUAUUAUAUCAACGGAUGGAGCGUGAUAAUUUUAUGUCUCCAGAGGAAGCAAAACAAUUGGGACUAAUAGAUCAUGUUCUGGAGCAUCCUCCAGAAACUGUGGGAGGAACAAUCUCCGAUGACAAUGCCAUUGAAAAUAAUAAACACGAUAAUGACAAAUAAUACAUAAAUAUAAACGAAAUGCCAAUAUGUUAUACAUACAUUUGUUGUAAAUUAAUUUGUUUAAAUAUCAUUUUUGUUACAAAAGAUUAGCUAUGUUUUAUUAAAAAGGUGUUAUUACUUAGCAUUUUUAACAUAACAGCAUCUUUUUAGUUUAUUUUAGUUAAUUUGACAAAUUAUUUUUGUUAUCAUUUAAAAUAAAAUUAAAAUUAUACAUAUUUCCAUUACAAAAA